AUGCCGAUCCGAUACGCAUGCCCGUGCGGCCGGCGCUACCCGCUGGCCGAGCUCUACUGGAGCGACUCGUGCAACAAGCUCGUGUGCCCGUGGCCGACGUGCUCGCUCCAGGAGAUCGACUCGUACUUUUGCCGCUUCCAAAUGGACAACCUCCCGUCCAAGGAGGCGGCGGCCUACAAGAACCGGUCGGCGCGGACGUUUGCGUGCCCCGACUGCGCGAGCACAUUGCAGACGAUCAAGACAAGCGACAAGUACAUCUUCUUCUGCGCCCACUGCCGCUGGGACUCGGAGGCGAUCCUGGCCGACGACGACCCCGACACGCUCACGAUGGUGGCCAACACGCGCGAGCGCGACGACCACGUCUUUGAUACGCUCCUGUCGCACUACCAACAAGCGUUUGGCAAGCCCCAUUUUCAGGUCAAAGCGCCGUCCACCUUGGGCUGGAAGAUGGAGCAGCUCGAUGAGAAGUUGCACAAGCGCAGUAUCGACAACGUGCUGUCGCCGACAGACCAAAAGCUGGCCGCGGCGCUGCGGGCCAAGUUCCCCAACCACAAGAGCUUCGACUGCGCCGACGACGAUGACGCUGUCGUCGCGCUCGCAUCGAAGAAGGACAUGUCGACGAUCUCGACGUUGCACCAGCGCUAUCGCUGCAACCCUCUUUUGCAGAGUCGAGACGUCUCCGCGCUAUACCCGUCGCGGCCAGACCUCCGCGUGAAGCGCUCGUGGCGCUGUGUUGAAGCCAUGGCCAAGAACAACCCAGGUAUCCUCGUCAAGCCGCAGAUCAACCCGAUGACGGGCGACAGCUCCAUGGUCGUGUCGGCGUCGUGGUGGAAGAAGGCGACGCUUGGCAUCCACUUCGUGCCGAACGUGACCAUCCAAACGCUGUGGGCGAACGACCACUGCUGGCUCCUCCUCGAGAACCCACUCGAAGACGACGUUGUCCUCACGGUCGUGGCCAAGGCUCUGGCGAGCGACGAUGCGGCCCCGUUCACCCCGGCCGUGCCAUCGGGACCGCUACCCGUCGGCGCAUACGAAGACCCCAACCUGAUCGACACGUCGCCAGCCGAGGUCGCCAAGUUUGACGAUGUCACGUCCGACCCGACAAAGACGGUGCUCACGUCGCGCAACUACGCCAAGUUCAAGGUGCAGGGCGCGAACGCAAGCGACCCCGUCGCAUUCCAGCUUGAGUUUCACAUGUACAAGAUCGAAGACGAGGAGCACAUUGGCGCGGUCACGAGUGUCGAUGGCCGUCCGCUUCUCGCCGUCUUCACCAUCGAUGUCGAGAUCCCAAGAGCAGCUCGCGACUAACCCCUGCACGCUAUGUGCGAGUUGAGAAAUGAAGUACACAUAUUGCAUUCGGAGCAUGCAUGGACCGGAUGCGCCCGUG